CUGACAACAGCCCCCUAGCUGGGCUGAUUGGUUGCUGGCAAUAACUGAUAUGGAAUACUGAUGUGCUCACCGGCAGUUCCUUCCACUCCAAAGAGACUCCUUCCUAACCCAAACCUUGCUUUCCAAAGCCUAGCCUGGUCGUCCCCCCCCCCCCCCCCCCCCACAUGCCGCCCCUGCACCCAGUAGGGAGGACCUGUCCUGGGCGUGAUGCUCAGAGAUUGUGGUGAAAUUGGCCCCAGCUGGCUGCUUUCACUCCGGCUUGCUUUCCCGAGAGUCCUGUUCCAGACUUCUCAGGGUUUCUACAGCACAAACAACUGCAUGCGGGCUGGAGGGGAGACGGAAAAGGACUUGUGUUUGGAGGGUUUGUUGCCUCUCAUCACUUUCCCGGCCUCCGCGGAGUCAAGCCUGGAGGUUCCCUGUGAAUUUCUAUCCACCACAGACACUGAGGAAGGAUCCCUUCUCCUUCUGUUGACUCUUUCUAUUUUUAUGGUUUAAGUUUAUCUAUUCAUGGGGCUGAAAAGCGCUUGCAAAUCCAUCAACGGCGAAGUGUGGCAAGCCGCCCAGGGUCACGUCGUCGCUUGCCUGUGGUCAGGCAUUCCUCACUCCCACCAGGCAGAAGGUCAAUAAAAAUGGAGGCCAGCUCUUCUGGAAUCGCUAAUGGAAAAAACAAAGUUUUCCACGCAGAAGGUGGAGUGGAUUUACAAGGCCACCAGCUGGAUAUGCAAAUCCUGCCCGACGGCCCAAAGAGUGACGUGGACUUUUCAGAGAUUCUUAAUGCAAUACAAGAAAUGGCCAAGGAUGUCAAUAUUCUUUUUGAUGAAUUAGAGGCUGUCAACAGCCCUUGCAAAGAUGAUGAUUCCCUCCUUCACCCUGGAAACCUGACAAGUACUUCAGAGGACGCCAGCAGACUAGAGGCAGGGGCAGAGACAGUGCGAGAACGAAACAAAGCCAAUGGACUUUACUUUAGAGAUGGAAAAUGUCGAAUUGACUACAUUCUUGUGUACAGAAAAUCCAAUCCUCAGACUGAAAAGAGAGAAGUAUUUGAGAGAAAUAUUAGAGCAGAAGGACUGCAGAUGGAGAAAGAGUCCUCUCUAAUAAAUAGUGACAUUAUCUUUGUGAAGUUGCAUGCCCCAUGGGAAGUCCUUGGAAGAUAUGCAGAGCAAAUGAAUGUAAGGAUGCCUUUCAGGAGAAAAAUCUAUUACCUGCCCCGCCGGUACAAGUUCAUGAGCAGGAUCGAUAAACAAAUAAGCAGGUUUCGGAGAUGGUUACCUAAGAAGCCAAUGAGGCUGGACAAGGAGACACUGCCAGACCUGGAGGAGAAUGACUGCUACACUGCCCCUUUCAGCCAGCAAAGGAUCCAUCACUUCAUCAUACACAACAAAGACACUUUCUUCAACAAUGCCACAAGAAGCAGAAUCGUGCAUCAUAUUUUACAAAGAAUAAAGUAUGAAGAGGGAAAAAACAAAAUCGGUCUGAACCGCUUGCUUACCAAUGGCUCCUAUGAAGCUGCCUUUCCCCUGCAUGAGGGAAGUUACAGAAGUAAAAACUCCAUUAAAACCCAUGGAGCAGUGAACCACCGACAUCUCCUCUAUGAGUGCUGGGCUUCCUGGGGUGUGUGGUAUAAAUACCAGCCUUUGGAUCUUGUAAGGCGGUAUUUUGGAGAGAAGAUUGGACUGUAUUUUGCCUGGCUGGGCUGGUACACAGGCAUGCUCUUCCCCGCGGCCUUCAUUGGGUUGUUUGUCUUCUUGUAUGGCGUCACCACUCUGGAUCACUGCCAAGUCAGUAAAGAAGUCUGCCAAGCGACAGAUAUCAUCAUGUGUCCUGUAUGUGACAAAUACUGUCCAUUCAUGAGGUUGUCAGACAGCUGCGUUUAUGCCAAGGUGACCCACCUUUUUGACAAUGGAGCUACUGUGUUCUUUGCUGUGUUCAUGGCUGUCUGGGCCACCGUUUUCCUGGAAUUUUGGAAAAGACGCCGAGCAGUGAUUGCUUAUGACUGGGAUCUGAUAGACUGGGAGGAGGAGGAGGAAGAGAUACGCCCCCAGUUUGAAGCAAAGUAUUCCAAGAAAGAGCGGAUGAAUCCCAUUUCGGGCAAGCCAGAACCUUAUCAAGCAUUUACUGACAAAUGCAGCAGACUUAUCGUUUCUGCAUCAGGAAUAUUCUUCAUGAUCUGCGUGGUGAUCGCUGCCGUGUUCGGGAUUGUCAUUUACCGGGUGGUGACCGUCAGCACUUUCGCUGCCUUUAAGUGGGCAUUAAUCAGGAAUAACUCUCAGGUUGCAACCACAGGGACUGCAGUAUGCAUCAACUUUUGUAUCAUUAUGCUGCUGAAUGUGCUCUAUGAAAAAGUCGCGCUCCUUCUGACCAAUCUAGAACAGCCUCGCACAGAGUCCGAGUGGGAGAACAGCUUUACCCUGAAAAUGUUUCUUUUUCAGUUUGUCAAUCUGAACAGCUCCACGUUUUACAUUGCAUUCUUCCUCGGAAGAUUUACAGGACACCCAGGUGCCUACUUGAGACUGAUAAACAGGUGGAGGCUAGAAGAGUGCCACCCCAGUGGAUGCCUUAUUGAUCUCUGUAUGCAAAUGGGUAUUAUAAUGGUGCUAAAGCAGACUUGGAAUAAUUUCAUGGAACUUGGCUACCCGUUAAUUCAGAAUUGGUGGACUAGAAGAAAAGUUCGACAAGAACAUGGGACUGAAAGGAAAAUAAAUUUCCCACAAUGGGAAAAGGAUUACAAUCUUCAGCCAAUGAAUGCCUAUGGACUCUUCGAUGAAUACCUGGAAAUGAUCCUUCAGUUCGGAUUCACAACCAUCUUUGUAGCAGCUUUUCCCCUUGCACCACUUCUGGCCUUACUGAAUAACAUCAUCGAAAUCCGACUGGACGCUUACAAGUUCGUUACGCAGUGGAGAAGGCCUUUGGCUUCCAGGGCCAAAGACAUAGGAAUUUGGUAUGGAAUUCUCGAAGGCAUCGGAAUUCUCUCUGUUAUUACAAAUGCAUUUGUCAUAGCAAUAACAUCUGACUUCAUCCCUCGCUUGGUGUAUGCUUAUAAAUAUGGACCUUGUGCGGGCCAAGGAGAGGCUGGGCAAAAGUGCAUGGUGGGCUAUGUGAAUGCCAGCUUGUCUGUGUUCCGAAUUUCUGACUUUGAAAACCGGUCUGAGCCAGAGUCUGAUGGCAGUGAGUUCUCAGGAACUCCUCUGAAGUACUGCAGAUAUCGGGACUACCGGGAUCCUCCUCAUUCACUGGCACCUUAUGGCUACACGCUGCAGUUCUGGCACGUCCUAGCAGCCCGGCUGGCUUUUAUCAUUGUGUUUGAGCACCUCGUGUUUUGUAUAAAGCACCUCAUUUCCUAUCUGAUACCAGACCUCCCAAAAGAUCUAAGGGACCGAAUGAGGAGAGAGAAGUACUUGAUCCAGGAGAUGAUGUAUGAGGCUGAGCUGGAGCGCCUCCAGAAAGAACGGAAGGAGAGGAAGAAGAAUGGAAAAGCACACCACAACGAAUGGCCAUGACCAGGUGACCGUUGAUUUCCAGGCAAAAGACCUGAAUUUCGUUUACUUCUCCAAGCAGUGCAAAAGCACAUUCAAGUGAAUGACUAGCAAUGCACCCGCUGUGCAUGCUGCAAGAACCCCCCCGCCAUGCAGCCGCAGACAAGGCGGCAGUCAGGGGAAGACAGAGGUGGAGUCCCGCUGUCGUGAAACUAUGCUGCAGUCCAGCACACAACUGCUAUCUAUCCAUAGACCAUUCUUGACCAAGCAAGCAUGCACGUUAUGGGCAGUUAACAUUCUCAAGUUUUUAAAAACCAAGGGGGAACUUGUAUACUGGGCCUGUUUUUCAGCCUGUUUGCUACCUUUUUUGCAUUCUACCCCAUGUGAAUUUUACAGACACUGGGCUAAAAAAAAAAAAAAAAAAAAAAAAAAGGUUAUUUUGGACACCUGGACACAUUCCUAGAAUGUCAUCAUGUCCUAAUUCUACGUCACCAAAUGACACAGACAAGACCCUGUUUACAACUUUUUCUUUCUUUUUUUAAGUUCAGAUCUUUCUGAGAUGAUUCUAUAUGACAUAUCUAUAGCUACAUGUAUGGCCAUAGAUGUAUUUCUGUGUGUACAUAUGUAUAGUCAUGUAUUCCUACAUAUGUACAUACAAAUGCAGAGGUAUAUAAAGUACAUAGGAAUUCCUUACUUGUAAAUAGCCAAAAAUACUGACAUGAAUGAUGAAUUUUCACAUUUAAACAGUCACCAACAUGAAGCCAUGUUUAAUGCUUGUAUAAUGUGAUACAAUAAAAUUGAAAAUAAAUUUAUGCACAUGGAAUAUUUUCAGCUGGCUCUUCUGAACUUCUGUUGUAUUUUUCUCCUUCUGGAAUAAAAAGGGAUAGCACAGUGCAAA